AGUACAUAUAAAUACCUAGGUAAUUGCCUAGGUAUUUCGGCAGCAAAUUGAUGAUGAUACCCUGAUGACGUCGACCCACUUCUUAAACUACUAGGUACUACCGCGGAACGGGUGCUACUUUCUUCACCUAAGAACUCAAAAAAUAUCGCACUAAUAGGCAAUUUUAACUAGGAUUUAUAUUUGUAGGUAACAUAAGGCAGGGCUAAGUUCGGUAUAACUGCCGUAGGUCGCAACCGAGAUCCAUCCCUCUCACCUAGCUGUACCAUGGCCAACAGGAGGAUUCUCGUUAUCGCGGGGAGUGAUUCCAGCGGUGGUGCCGGCCUGGAGGCCGACCAGAAAGUCAUCGCUGCUCAUGGCUGCUAUGCCAUGACCGCUACCACUGCUUUGACUGCUCAAAAUACGACGGGAGUCGACGACAUACAUUACGUCCCUCCCGAGUUCGUAAGGAAGCAGAUCGAUGCUGUUUUCAGGGAUAUUCAGCCCUGCGUCGUGAAAACUGGGAUGCUUGCGUCUGCGCGUACCAUCGAAAUAGUUGCAGAAGCAUUGAAGGAAUAUGAAGUCGGGAGGUUGGUAUUGGAUCCUGUCAUGGUCGCGACUACUGGCGCUCAAUUACUUCCUUCAAAAGCUGUGAACGAGCUACGAACUCUGCUCCUGCCUCGGACAUUCAUACUUACCCCAAAUAUUCCCGAGGCCCAACUCCUGCUCUCCGAUGGCGGGAAAGAAAGUAUCGACAUUCAAAGCGUUGAAGACCUGGAAGUGAUCGCCCAAGGAGUACUGGAAUUAGGACCUAAGUGGAUUCUCAUCAAAGGCGGGCAUGUUCCCUUCAAAAAAGACGGCUCCGUAGCUACGACCCCUGAAGAAAGGGAACUCGUCGUUGAUCUCUUGCUCGGAGAAGGCCAGGCUACGAGAAUCGAGAGCCCAUAUAUCGAGUCGAAGAACACGCACGGAACAGGAUGCUCGCUGGCUUCUGCCAUUGCCUCAAACCUCUCUAGUGGACUGAAACCCGUGGAAUCUGUCCGAGCUGCUUGUCGAUAUGUCGAGGCUGGCAUCAAAUCCGCACCUGGAUAUGGGAAAGGGAAUGGUCCGAUUAACCAUUUCCAUUCGGUUUUGACGCUCCCCUUUUCUCCUGGGCAUUUUAUAGACUAUCUCCUCGAGCGGCCUGAUGUAUCGCCGGUAUGGCAGCGUUUUAUCAACCAUCCAUUCGUGCUCGGCCUCGGGAACGGAGAGCUGCCACUUGCAUCAUUUAAGGGUUAUUUGAUACAAGACUACCUGUACUUAGUCCAAUUCGCCAGGGCAAAUGCACUAGCAUCGUACAAGUCUAAGAAUAUGGAGGAUAUCGCAGCGGGGGCAAAAAUAGUGUCGCAUAUCCAUACCGAGAUGAGACUGCACGUUGACUAUUGCAAGGAAUUCGGCAUAUCGAAAGAGGAGAUGGAAGCGACCGAGGAGCUUCAAGCAUGUACGGCGUACACAAGAUACGUUCUGGAUAUUGGGCAGUCGGAAGAUUGGCUUGGUCUUCAGGUCGCUCUUGCUCCCUGCCUCCUUGGUUACGGGGCUAUCGCGAGAUAUCUUCACGACGACCCAAGAACGAAGACAGAGGGCAAUACAUACUGGAAGUGGGUCCUGAACUAUGUUGCAGAGGACUAUGUGCAAGCGGUAAAGACCGGAUCUGAUCUGAUGGAAAGGAAUGCCGUCUUACAGUCUCCGUCGAGGAUAGAAGAGCUUGUCAAAAUCUUCAUCCACGCCACUAAGAUGGAGAUCGGGUUCUGGGAAAUGUUCCCGUCGGCUUAACGCGUCAUGAAGUUCAUAUAAUUGGUGCACGAUAGAAUAAAAAGGCAAGCAUCUGACGCGAAUAGAUGAAUGAUGAAGGGCAUUUAUGUACCUCAGUAUUCAUGCUUUCUCGUCCAAGACAAUCCCAGACAUUCCUAUUUCCCAAGCGACAUGGCCUUUCGAGGGAGUUAGAUACAAUUUAAUAACACUGCGGCCGAUUGCGUUGGAUUGCAUUUGAAAUAUUAUACCCGUCAAAAGAUACCUAGGUACUUGUGUAUGAGCCUGAAGAGAUGCUUCGGGUGUCGGGUGUUCUGUGGAUGUCUUCAUACGGAGGUUGGGUGCACAAUACUAGGUGAAC